AUGUCUAUGCGUGCUUACAGUACCAAUGGAAAGCCCUUAUCAGCUGAAGCUGUGUACCAUCAGAGAAUGCGUCAAGGGGCAUAUGUCACCCCUGGUGCUCCCAUGGUUGGUGUUCAAUCCAACGCUUCUGAUACGGCUGCUUUACUUGCUGCUUCAUCCGACUUGACUGUAAAACCAUCUUUCGAACGGUUAGCUGUUGCUCUGGAAGCCCAGGAAGCCGCUUUAGCUGCAAAGCAGAGUGAAGUGAAAGCAUGGAAAAGAGAAAGUUCUGACCCCUCUGCUGACUCUGCUGCUGCUUUCUCCUUGAGUCAUCCAGAGUAUGGUCUCGAAGCUGAUGAGCCCAUUUCCGCAUCAGCAGUCGGUGUGCCAAAAUAUAAUCUGUCAACUCUUUAUCAAGCAGCUUCCAAACAACUGACUUCAACAAUGACUUCGAGAGUGAAUCCCGAUCAUAAUCCAUCUAGAAAGGGUUUGAGUACAAGUGGUUCAGGGCGUACUCAGUCAUUGAACUUGGGUAAGAUCACUGCAGUUGCAACUCAGAAUUCAAAUAAAUCAUUAAGUUCUCGGUUCAAUCCAAAUUUGGACUAUCGUUCUGGAUUGAAAGCUAAUAAGAGUGGUUCGGAAUAUUUGGAUGCACUGGAAGAAGAUUUGGCAGCUGAAGGUGCUGCUGCAUCAUUGAAGCUGUCUUCUGUGUAUGCAUCCAAGAGAAAUCCUCAUACAUUCACCGCCGCAUCUGUUGUCAACGCCAAGUUAUUGGAUGCAGCUAACCUGGCAGCCAAUGAGAGAUUGAAGUCACUCUCAUCUCUAAAUUCCGGCAAGACCCGUGACUUCAAGGCAGAAGCAACUGCUUACGCUGGAGCUUUGGCAUUAGCACAAAAGCGUUCAGAAGACAGAUUGAAAUCUUACCAAAACAAAGAAAUUAACAUUGGUGGUGGUAAAACCAUAACUCAAGCAGAAUUGGACUCUCUUGCUUCUAGAAUUGUUCAUCCAGUAUUAGAAGAUAUUUCAAAAUCAGCAGAAGAUGCCAGACAAAAGGAUGAUGAGGAAACUAAGCAUAAGGCCAAUUUAGUUAUAUUGCAUCAAAAGGCUAAGGAUGAUGAAACUGCCGCAAAGUUGAAGGAGAAGCAAGAUUUAGAAGCAGCAAAGCAAGAACGUAUUGCUGAGAAUGAAAAGAAGAUGCAAGAAGAAGACACCAAGUACGAUGAAUAUCAAACUGGUCGUCAUGGUGAAGUGGACCAAAAGAACACUGAAUUUAUUGCGCUUACCAAAAAGCAUGAGGAAGAACGUGAAGCCCUUUUAGCUGAGCAAAGAGAAGAAAAUGGUAAAGUUGACGCUGAAGAAGAAGAGAAAAAGACAGCAAGAAGCACCGAAUUGGAACAAAUGCAAAGCGAAAGAGAUGAAGAAAUUGCACCAUUAUUAGAGGAAUUGAAGGAAGAAACCGCGAAGUUGAAUGAGGUCACUGAACGUAAAGAUAGUUUGAGUGAAGAAGUUGAUGGUUACCAAAAUGAGAAUGACGAAGCCACCACAAAAUUGGAAGACUUGAAGGCCAAGUUGGAAGCUGCAGAAGCAGAAAUUGAAGAGUUCAAGAGUAAGAAUGAAACAUCUCAGGCAGAAUUGGAUGAUUUGAAUGCGGAAGUUGACAAUUUAAAGACUUCUUCUGCUACUCUUCUUGCUGAACAUGCAGCUACUACUAAAGAAUUGGAUGAAGAUCUUGAAAAGUUGGCCAAUGAGAAGGAAGAAAAAACUGCUCAAAAGGCCAACCAAAAGAAGGAAAUCAAGGAUGAAUUGGAUUUGAAAGUGAAGGAAGAACAUAAAAUCAACGAGGAACUACCUGAUCACUUGAAGACGUCUGUAAAUGAAUCUAAGAUUAAGGAUACUGCAAGUUUAUUCACCGUUGAAACAAGUAAAACUGGCAGCAAAAAUACAGAUGUCGUCUCUCAUCACGCACCAUCUAUUCAUGCCCCUGUAUCAGGAAAUGCUGUUCCUGAAAGAAAGAAGACUUUUAAGUUGAAGGGUUUGUCACUGAUUUUCGGUAAAAAGUCUACCGGCCCUGCUGCUGCCACUAAUAAAUCCUCUUCUGCUGCAGCAACACCUGCGGUAGCACCAACAGCAAGCCAUAUACCUGCUGCUGCAAGUGGAUCGGCUUCUGUUGUUUCUGGAGACGACUUUUCGUUGAAGGACAAGAAUAAGAACAAUGUGGGAGUAUUCAAAGAAGAAAUCUAA